GUUGAAACUACUCAAAAUUCAACCAAAUUCCUUCCCCAAAAUUCUUCCAUUUUUUCUUUCUUUUAGACCCAAAUAUCAUACUCUGAUCUGAUUCGUUCCAAGAUUAUUUAUUAAAAAAAAAAUAAUAGUUUUCCACAGACCAACCUCCCACAACUUCCCUCCUAUAUAAAUCUUCUCCCUCCUCUCGAUUCUCAGCUCCCAAAUACGAUUCCUCCUCGCCUGACUUCACCCAGGCUCACAGUUUUUGUUAUACAGACACUGAACAAACAAGCAGAAGUCGCUCUGAGGCAAGGCCAUGGCUACUGGGCAGCUUUUCUCCAAGACUACACAAGCAUUAUUCUACAAUUACAAGCAGCUUCCAAUCCAGCGGAUGCUGGACUUUGACUUCCUUUCUGGGAGAGAAACACCUUCUGUCGCUGGUAUUAUAAGUCCUGGUGCAGAAGGUUUCCAGAAGCUUUUUUUCGGUCAGGAGGAAAUUGCAAUCCCAGUACACUCCACCAUUGAAGCCGCUUGUGCUGCGCAUCCCACUGCUGAUGUUUUCAUAAACUUUGCGUCAUUUAGAAGUGCUGCUUCUUCAUCAAUGUCUGCGCUUAAGCAGCCAACUAUUAAAGUUGUUGCUAUCAUAGCUGAAGGUGUCCCUGAGGCAGAUAGCAAGCAGUUGAUUGCUUAUGCACGGUCAAACAAUAAGGUUGUUAUUGGCCCAGCUACAGUUGGAGGUAUCCAAGCUGGAGCUUUUAAAAUUGGUGACACUGCUGGAACAAUCGAUAAUAUUAUUCAGUGCAAGCUCUACAGGCCUGGAUCUGUUGGCUUUGUCUCAAAAUCUGGGGGCAUGUCCAAUGAAUUGUACAAUACAAUUGCCCGUGUCACGGACGGCAUUUAUGAAGGUAUUGCAAUCGGAGGAGAUGUAUUUCCUGGGUCAACACUUUCUGAUCACGUUCUGCGGUUUAACAACAUUCCCCAGGUUAAAAUGAUGGUUGUUCUUGGGGAACUUGGCGGGAGAGAUGAAUAUUCUUUAGUUGAGGCCCUCAAACAGGGUAAAAUUAACAAGCCUGUAGUUGCUUGGGUCAGCGGCACUUGUGCAAGGCUUUUCAAGUCUGAAGUACAAUUUGGUCAUGCGGGCGCAAAGAGUGGUGGUGAGAUGGAAUCUGCACAGGCAAAGAACCAAGCACUCAAGGAUGCUGGUGCUGUCGUUCCCUCCUCAUAUGAAGCAUUUGAGAGUGCUAUUAAAGAAACUUUUGAUAAAUUGGCUCAAGAUGGCAAGAUUGCUCCUGUAAAGGAAGUGACGCCUCCACAAAUUCCAGAGGAUCUUAACACAGCAAUCAAGAGUGGCAAAGUUCGGGCUCCUACUCAUGUCAUUUCCACCAUCUCUGAUGACAGAGGUGAAGAGCCAUGCUAUGCUGGUGUUCCAAUGUCCUCCAUUGUUGAACAGGGAUUUGGUGUUGGUGAUGUCAUUUCUCUGUUGUGGUUCAAACGAAGUCUUCCCCGUUAUUGCUCUCGUUUUAUUGAGAUUUGCAUCAUGUUGUGUGCGGACCAUGGCCCCUGUGUCUCUGGUGCUCACAACACCAUUGUAACCGCCAGAGCAGGAAAAGAUCUUGUGUCCAGCCUUGUUUCUGGUUUACUGACUAUUGGUCCCCGAUUUGGUGGGGCUAUUGAUGAUGCUGCUCGGUACUUUAAGGAUGCUUAUGACAGGAAUCUGACACCUUAUGAAUUUGUGGAGGGCAUGAAAAAGAAAGGCAUUCGGGUGCCAGGAAUUGGACAUAGGAUCAAGAGAGGAGACAACAGAGAUAAGAGAGUUGAACUGCUACAACGGUAUGCACGUGAAAACUUCCCUUCAGUGAAAUACAUGGAAUACGCAGUCCAGGUUGAAACCUACACACUCUCAAAGGCAAACAACCUUGUCCUUAAUGUGGAUGGUGCCAUUGGGUCUUUAUUCCUGGAUCUGCUUGCUGGAAGCGGAAUGUUCACCAAACAAGAAAUUGACGAGAUCGUUGAGAUUGGUUACCUGAAUGGGCUGUUUGUGCUUGCCCGUUCUAUUGGUCUAAUUGGGCAUACAUUUGACCAGAAGAGAUUGAAACAGCCACUGUACCGCCAUCCUUGGGAAGAUGUUCUCUACACCAAGUGAAGAGCUGGCAGAUGGGAAGAGGGGCGUUGCAGCAUUCUCCUCAACUAGCAUUCGGUUAAAAGUUGUCAAUUUACCACUUGCUAUCACCAUUAUUCAGUUUUAGGCUAGUGUUUUGAACUGCUAAAAGCAGGUAGAGUACUUCAUUUUAAGUCAUUUAACCCGAGUUUACAUGAAUAUAAAUGAGUAGUAGUCAAUCUGGAGAAUCUGUCUUUUGACUUGAGGAAGUAAUAACAAUUGUGGUAUCGAUCAAUGUAUCGUUAGAGCAAUUUUCGUCCU